AUAAACGCCGUUGGAACUUUCACUUUCGUCAGUUCAGGCUUUCAGCAGUCGAUUUACAUCUUCAUAAUUAUUUAUUUUUACGUUCUUUUGCAUUUGAAGAUCAUUGAUAAAAGGCUUUUGAUUAAACUCGUGGGGGCUUUUGGUUAGUCCAUGAUAAUUUUUUACCUGUCGGAUCGGCCAGCCAUCAUUUUCAGUAAACGGGCAUUUUGUGAUAAUGCAAGAUUCUCGAACCUCCAAUCUUUUAUCCCCUUCUUCUUUAUUAAUGCUUUUGAUUAAUAUUUUAUGAUUGCAACUGGUCCACAUCUUUAAUUUUUCUAUUUCAAAAGUUUGUGCCUUUUACCAUUUUGCGAAAACAAGCCACCGACAUGGAAAUCUCGUACUUCCUUUGAAGUUUUCUCUUUCGUGUCUUCCGAUCUAUUUGGUACCUACCUGUUCAUUUUUUCUUAUCCAAGUUUUUCAUUUUAAGUCCGUGGGUUGUAGUCAAAAUUUGAAUAAUCGGUGUUAAUAAGGUACUUCCAGCUUUGUUUAAGGUUUGAUUUUUUUAAUAUAGUUGAAUCAUGGACGAAGACGGAAAAGAAAAUUUGGUGGCUAAUAAUGUGUCGGCUGAGGAAUGGCUAUCUCGUGCUCAAGGGCUUGUUCCGAAGGCUCUGGAGAAAGCCAGGGAAGUUAAAGGAUUCCCUGGAAGGUGGAAGAUCAUCAUUUCGAAAUUGGAACAAAUCCCUUCAAAAUUAUCGGAUUUGUCUAGCCACCCUUUCUUCUCCAAGAAUGCACUCUGUAAGGAGCAAUUGCAGGCUGUUUCAAGGACAUUGAAUGAAUCAUUUGAGUUGGCAGAGUGUUGUGUGAAAGAGAAAUUUGAGGGAAAACUUAGAAUGCAAAGUGAUUUGGAUUCUCUUUCGGGUAAACUUGAUUUAAAUCUACGCGAUUGUGGGCUUCUGAUCAAAACUGGAGUGCUUGGAGAGGUUAGUUUGCCAUUGGCUGAACACGUGGCUGCUGCAGAUCAUGGCAAUAUAAGAGAAUUGCUCGCUCGACUACAGAUUGGACACCUCGAAGCUAAGCAUAAAGCACUUGAUUGCCUUGUAGAAGUCAUGAAAAAUGAUGAGAAGAACGUCUUGGCCGUUUUAGGACGAAGCAAUAUUGCAGCUUUAGUUCAAUUGCUCACUGCUACUACUCCUCGGAUCAGAGAAAAAACUGUUACUGUUAUUUGUUGGCUUGCAGAAUCUGGAAGUUGUGAGAAUUGGCUUGUUUCCGAAGGUGUUCUUCCGCCCCUUAUAAGGCUUGUCGAAUCUGGUAAUGCAGUGAGUCGAGAGAAGGCUACGAUUUCUCUCCAGAGGCUGUCCAUGUCAGCAGAAAUGUCGCGCUCAAUUGUUGGCCAUGGUGGAGUUAGGCCUCUGAUUGAGAUCUGUCAGACUGAUGAUGCGUCUGUUUUGCAAGAUGCCGCGGCUUGUACAUUGAAGAAUAUAUCCGCUGUGCCUGAGGUACGGCAAGCCCUUACUGAAGAAGGGAUUAUAAAGGUGAUGAUAGAUCUUCUUGAUUGCGGAAGAACCCUGUUGAGAUCUAAAGAGUAUGCAGCAGAUUGCUUACAAAAUCUCACAUCAAGUACUGACAAUCUUCGGAGAUGUGUUAUUUCAGAAGGUGGAAUAAGAAGUCUUCUGGCUUAUUUAGAUGGUCCACUGCCUCAAGAAUCUGCAGUUGGGGCAUUGAGAAACUUGGUUGGAGCGAUUUCAGUUGAUGUUUUGGUUUCAUUAGGCCUUGUACCAAGGCUGGCCCAAGUGCUUAAAUCGGGUUCUCUUGGUGCACAAAAAGCAGCAGCCUCAGCAAUCUGUCUAAUCUGCAACUCAACUGAAAUAAAACGAUUAGUCGGUGAAUCUGGAUGCAUUCCUCUUCUCAUAAAAAUGCUGGAGGCUAAAUCUAUCAGUGUGAGGGAGAUUGCAUCACAAGCAAUUUCAAGUUUGAUGACCCUUUCCCAUAAUUGUAGGGAAGUUAAAAGAGACGACAGAAGCGUACCAAAUUUGGUGGUCUUGCUCGAUCCAAGUCCUCAGAACACAGCCAAGAAAUAUGCAAUUUCCUGCCUUUCCUUGCUUUCCUUGAGCAAAAAGUGUAAGAAGUUGAUGAUUUCAUAUGGGGCUAUUGGUUAUCUCAAGAAGCUUACCGAGAUGGACAUUCCCGGUGCCAAGAAGUUACUUGAGCGUCUAGAGAGAGGAAAACUGAAAAGCUUGUUCAGCAAGAAGUAGAACUCAAUGUUGUCCAAUGGAAGUAUACAUUUGAUAAUUGUUUCAUUGCCUGAAUGAAUCGUAGUGAUAAUGGUAUAAGCUGAGAAGCAUAAACAUGAAAUCAAUGUGAUCAAUGCCUUUAUUUUGUAAAAAAACGCAGUACUUGUACUCUACAAGUAGUAUUACUUCAGUUCUAUCCACUUUUCUUGCGCCUUUA